GUGGAAAAAGCUACGAAUGCCUCUAUCCCGGGUGUGCUGUAAUUGCGACAAGUCGCAAGGAAUAUAUAACACAUAGGAAAGCACACGGUCAGCCCUUCAUCUAUGAAUGCAGAGCGCCCAGUUGUGGGCAAAUAUUCGACCAUGAUAACACUUCCAGUCAAAGUGCAACUGCUGAACAGAGCAACAUCGACAAUAAGCAUUCAGAUUACUUGAAUAUCCUCGAUUACAAGGAAAAUACCUAUAAAGAAUCAGGAACAGAUAAGAAAAAAUAUACUUGUCAUUAUCCGGGAUGUACUGUGAUCACAAAAAAUUGCAAAGAAUAUGUAACACAUAGGAAAACCCAUGGUCAGCCCUUCAUCUAUGAAUGCAAGGUGCCCGGUUGUGGGCGAAUAUUUGACCAUGAAUCAACAUUUUACAAUCACAUACAGACGCAUGAACCUCGUCCUCAGUGCGAGGAUUGUGACGAACGAAGGUAUGAAUGCCUUUAUCCUGGAUGUGCUAUGGUCACGAAAAGUCGUAACGAAUAUGUAACACAUAGGAAAACCCAUGGUCAGCCCUUCAUCUAUGAAUGCAAGGUGCCCGGUUGUGGGCGAAUAUUUGACCAUGAAUCAACAUUUUACAAUCACAUACAGACGCAUGAACCUCGUCCUCAGUGCGAGGAUUGUGGCACAUUUCUCGUCAACAGGAAUGCACUGCGAAAGCACAAGAGACUCUGCCAAAAAAAAUCUUUCAGUAUGUAA